AUUUAAUUUAAUUUAAUUGGGUUUUCCGUUAAAGAAAAGGCAAAUAUUUAUCCAACCGCCCGAUCCGAGAUGUACAACUCAGAUCGAACUCCCCAGCCGCUUCAGCGGCGGCCUUCCAAAUGCCGUCCUCCCCGUGGAUCCCCACCGCCGGCGCUCCGCCGCCGCGAGCAGCGCCGCCCGUGGUCUGCUCCUCGCCGUCGGCGCGUCACUCUGUCAAGGAGGCAGGGGCGGCCGCCUCCGACGCGCGGGAGUCGAGGCCUCGCGUCCCGCCGUUCGAGAACUUUGAAAUAGAAACCCGAGAGCAUGAAAAGAAGGUCAACAAAUAUCAGGCUGUGCUUGCAGCUCGUUUGAAGGCCAAAUACUUUUCUAGCAAGGCUUUUGAUAAAGAUUUGUUUGAAGAAAUGACUAUCCAGUCUGAGACCAUCCUUUUAAGCAGGUGCCCGUUUUCAAGUUUAUUUGCAGAUCCAGCAAAAUUUCACCGGGAGAAGAGCUGUUCUAAAGAGGGCAUUUGUCCAUGUUUGACAAAUGCCUCCUUUGCUAAGCACAAUCAUUUAUCUCUAGUUGGUGAAGUAUCGUCAAGGAAAUUACCAUUGUCUUCAGAAAACUCUUAACACCUGUCAUGUGUCAAGUAGCACCUGUCUAUGAAUGCCACCUUGUGAGGGUCUGGUAGUUACGUUUCUAACUGCAUUUGCUAUCUUUAAAUGAGGAGACCUGAAGCAUGUAAAAUAUCAACAGGCCUAAUUUAAACUCGAGAGUUUAGCUUAAUCUUUUGUACCUGUUGAGGAGCAUAUUGAUAACUAUCAACUUAACUCUAUGCAAAACCAUAUGUUGAUAUUAUUCCUCUGGGGGAUGUCUUCAACUUUUUACCUGUCACCAUAGUUAUGUGCAUUGAUCUUUGCAUGUUUUUAUAUUCCUUUCUACCAAAUGCUGUCAUUUUGUAGGGACUAGUAUCUUGAACUUUCUAUAUUCUGUUUUUAGUACCAACAUUCCAGGCCUCCAGUAACAAUUAUUCCAGUGAUCUUCGCUACAUGCAUGACAAGCUUCAUCUGCAACCUGCAAGUGCCCCUGGAAUCAUGACGGACAGAUGUAU